UCCUGACCUCAGGUGAUCUGCCUGCCUCGGCCUCCCAAAGUGCUGGGAUUACAGGCGUGAGCCACCGCACCCAGCCAAUUUUUGUAUUUUGUGAGACAGGGUUUCGCCAUUUUGUCUAGGCUGGUCUCAAACUUGUGAGCUCAAGUAAUCCUCCUACCUUGACCUUCCGAAGUGCUGGGAUUACAGUCCCAAGCCACUGCACCCCUCUUUUGUCUCCUUAAAUUUUAAGCGUGAUUAUAUCAUUACACCAUAGUCAGAAGAUAAAAUCUAGAUUAAGAUGCAGUUUGGGCCGGGCCCGGUGGCUCACGCCUGUAAUCCCAACACUUUGGGAGGCUGAGGUGGGUGGAUCACUUGAGGUCAGGAGUUCGAGACCAGCCUGGCCAACAUGGUGAAACCCCAUCUCUACUAAAAAUGCAAAAAUUAGCCGGGCAUGGUGGCAGGUGCCUGUAAUCCCAGCUACUCAGGAGGCUGAGGCAGGAGAAUUGCUUGAACCCAGGAGGCAGAGGUUGCACUGAGUCGAGAUCACACCACUGCACUCCAGCCUGAACAAUACAGCGAGACUCAGUCUCAAAAAAAAAAAAAAAAGAGAGAGAGAUACAGUUUUAUUUGGAAACCUUGAUGUGUCCUGUUUCAUUGUGCUAUCCAAAGACCUACAAACCUCCAGAGACAGCAGUUAGUUGCUAAUAAGGGCUCUCAUAAUUUCCAUCAAGCAGUAGUUUCACAGGUGGGCAUCCAUCUUGCUCCCUUCCUGGAAAUCAAUGUACAUACUUUAUUAUUUUAUAUUAUGUUCCUUAAAAUAAUAUUGUACCCUUCUUCAUUUCAGGGGAAUGAAAUGGUGUUUUAUCGAUUCCUUAAACUAGAAAGGUCGUAGUAUGUUGCAGAUUUUUCCAGAGUAUUGUUCUGGGGAUUGAAAGUGAUAGAACUAUGUAUUGGGGCUUGAAACAUUCCCAAAUAUUUUAUUGUUUGUGCUAGAUGAGGUAGAAAGGAACUGACCUACCAGACAGUCAACUUGAGAUGUAUCUUAUAUACAUUCAAAUAUAAGAAGUCGUCUAAAAAAUGUAUUGGCAGCUUUCCUUAUGUUCGAGUUAUAGCUACCUGAAAACUUUUGUUCCUGUGCAUAAAGAUGUCUUUGGUGGACUUGGGAAAGAGGUUGCUAGAAGCAGCAAGAAAAGGCCAAGAUGAUGAAGUGAGAACGUUGAUGGCAAACGGCGCCCCAUUCACCACAGACUGGAAUGGUGCAGAUGUGAAUGCCAAGGACAUGCUGAAGAUGACAGCUUUGCAUUGGGCCACAGAGCGCCACCAUCGAGAUGUCGUAGAGUUACUUAUCAAAUAUGGAGCUGAUGUCCAUGCUUUCAGCAAAUUUGAUAAAUCAGCCUUUGACAUAGCUCUGGAGAAAAACAAUGCUGAGAUUUUGGUCAUCCUCCAGGAAGCAAUGCAGGAUCAGGUGAAUGUUAAUCCAGAGAGAGCCAACCCUGUGACUGACCCUGUGACUAUGGCUGCUCCAUUCAUCUUCACAUCAGGAGAGGUUGUUAACCUCGCAAGCCUUAUUUCUUCAACCAACACCAAAACAACCUCAGGUGACCCCCAUGCCUCAACAGUACAGUUUUCAAAUUCUACCACCUCAGUGCUGGCUACCCUUGCAGCUCUUGCUGAGGCAUCAGUCCCCCUCUCCAACUCACACAGAGCCACAGAGGAAAUUAUAGAAGGAAAUUCUGUUGACUCAUCAAUCCGGCAAGUAAUGGGGAAUGGAGGCCAGAGGGUCAUCACCAUAGUGACUGAUGGAGUCCCUCUGGGUAAUAUCCAAACUUCAAUCCCUACUGGAGGCAUUGGCCAGCCAUUUAUUGUAACUAUGCAAGAUGGACAGCAAGUUCUAACUGUACCUGCUGGUCAGGUUGCAGAAGAGACUGUAAUUAAAGAGGAAGAAGAAGAGAAGUUGCCACUAACAAAGAAACCAAGGAUAGGAGAGAAGACAAACAGUGUGGAGGAAAGCAAGGAAGGCAAUGAAAGAGAGCUACUACAGCAACAACUCCAGGAGGCCAAUCAAAGAGCCCAGGAAUACCGACACCAGCUCCUAAAGAAAGAGCAGGAAGCAGAACAGUACCGUCUUAAGCUGGAGGCCAUAGCCCGACAGCAGCCCAAUGGAGUUGAUUCCACCAUGGAUGAAGAGGUGGCUGAGGUAGAUGCUGUAGUAGUCACAGAGGGGGAGUUGGAAGAGAGAGAGACAAAAGUGACUGGGUCAGCAGGGACCACAGAGCCUCACACUAGAGUUUCCAUGGAAACUGUUUCAUCUUAAUAUGCAAGGGCCACAAUUUGCACUGCGUUCAUAUUAAUCCUCUUUUUAAAAAGAAAAUAUACAGAAGACAAACAUUGUAUAAAAACUAAGAGUGUCUUUAAGAAGAAAACUAUAGCAGGGUACAAUGCUUGGGCUCGGGAAGUUUCUCUGUACAACUGGAAAAUUCAAAGCCAUAUUUAGGGAACAUUUUUUCUGAGGGGCCAAAAGAAUAAGGACCAAAUUUCUUAGCUCAUAUCAUUGCUUUAAACAUAGAAGUAAAAGAAUACUGCAUGUUGUGGGUUGAUUUUUUUUUUAUUAAAUGACUUUCUCACAAAAGAUUUUAAGAUAACAUUUAUAAUAUAUAUGCACCAAUAUAUAUGCCUUUAAUAAUUACACCAUCAAGUGACCUGAAAAUGCCCCUUAGAUUUAUGAUGCAUAUCUGUUGGAAAAACUAAUUGGGAGGGAGGUUAGACAAGCUUUGGGGAAGUCUCCAAAGGAGCAGGAACUCCCAACCUUAAGUUAAUUUCACUGAAGAGAAUUUUCCUUUUUUUUUUUUUUUUUUUUUGAGACACGGUCUGACUCUGUCACCCAGGCUAGAGUACAGUGGUGCAAUCUUGGCUCACUGCAACCUCUGCCUCCAGGGCGCAGCCUCCUGAGUAGCUGGGAGGACAGGCAUAUGCCACCAUAUCACUGAAAAGAAAUUUUUGAUUGUCUGACAGAUAUGUAUCCAUUAUGUGUCUAUAGCUCAGAUGCUUGUGUAAAAAACUGAAAUAAGCUGGGUGUGGUGGCUCACACCUGUAAUCCCAGCACUACUUUGGGAUGUUGAAAUGGGAGAAUUCUUUUUUUUUUUUUUGAGACGGAGUCUCGCUCUGUCGCCCAGGCUGGAGUGCAGUGGCGCAAUCUCGGCUCACUGCAAGCUCCGCCUCCCGGGGUUCACGCCAUUCUCCUGCCUCAGCCUCUCCGAGUAGCUGAGACUACAGGCGUCUGCCACCACGCCCGGCUAAUUUUUUGUAUUUUUAGUAGAGACGGGGUUUCACCGUGGUCUCGAUCUCCUGACCUCGUGAUCCGCCUGCCUCGGCCUCCCAAAGUGCUGGGAUUACAAGCGUGAGCCACCGCGCCCGGCGAAAUGGGAGAAUUCUUGAGUCCAGGAGUUUGAGAUGAGCCUGGGCAACAUAGAAACCUGUGUCUACAAAAAAUUUAAAAAUUAGCCAAGUAUGGUGACAGGCAUCUAUGGUUCCAGCUACUCAGGAGGCUGAGGUGGGAGGAUCGCUUGCGCCUUGGAGGUCAAAACUGCAGUGAGCCGUGGUUGCGCCACUGCUCUCCAGGCUUGAGUGACAGAGCAAGACUGUAUCUCAAAGGAAAAAGGAAACUAGGCCAGGCGAGGUGGCUCACGCCUGUAAUCCCAACACUUUGGGAGGCCGAGGCGGGCGGAUCACGAGGUCAGGAGAUCAAGAACAUCCUGGCUAACACGGUGAAACUCCAUCUCUACUAAAAAUACAAAAAAUUGGCUGAGCGCAGUGGUUCACGCCUGUAAUCCCAGCACUUUGGGAGCAGAGGCAGGUGGAUCACAAGGUCAAGAGAUUGAGAUCAUCCUGGCCAACAUGGUGACAACCCGUCUCUACUAAAAAUACAAAAAUUACCCAGGCGUAGUGGCACAUGCCUGUAUCCCAGCUACUUUGGAGGCUGAGGCAGGAUAAUUGCUUGAACCAGGGAGGCGGAGGUUGCAGUGAGCCAAGAUCAUGCCACUGCACUCCAGCCUGGCGACACAGCGAGAAUCUAUCUCAAAAAAAAAACAAAACAAACAAACAAAAAUACAAAAAAUUAGCCGGGCGUGGUGGCACCUGCCUGUAAUCCCAGCUACUUGGGAGGCUGAGGCAGGAGAAUCGCUUGAACCCGGGAGGCGGAGGUUGCAGUGAGCUGAGAUCGCACCAUUACACUCCAGCCUGGGCAACAGAGCCAGACUCUGUCUCAAAAAAAAAAAAGGAAACUGAAAUAGAGUUUUUAAAAACUGAACUGGAAAGCCGAGGCGAGCGGAUCACCUGAGGUCGGGAGUUCCAGACCAGCCUGACCAACAUGGAGAAACCCUGUCUCUACUAAAAAUACAAAAUUAGGGCCAGGCCCGGUGGCUCACGCCUGUAAUCCCAGCACUUUGGGAGGCCGAGGCAGGUGGAUCACGAGGUCAGGAGUUCAAGACCAGCCUGGCUGAGAUGGUGAAACCCUACUAAAAAUACAAAAAUUCACCUGGCAAGGUGGCAGGCACCUGUAAUCCCAGCUACUCGGGAGGCUGAGGCAGUAGAAUCGCUUGAACCCGGGUGACAGAGGUUGCAGUGAUCCAAGAUCAUGCCACUGCACUCCAGCCUGGGCGAUAGAGUGAGACUCCGUCUCAAACAAACAAAACAAAAUUAGCUGGGUGUGGUGGCACAUGCCUGUAAUCCCAGCUACUCGGGAGGCUGAGGCAGGAGAAUCUCUUGAACCCGGGAGGCGGCAGUUGCAGUGAGCCGAGAUGGCGCCAUUGCACUCCAACCUGGGCAACAAGAGUGAAACUCCAUUUAAAAAAAAAAAAAAAAAACUAGAAAGGAAAGAAAACUUGUUUAUGUGGGAGGAGUAUAUAUAAAACCAAAAUCCAGGCUGUGUUUCCACAGUGCUGGGAAAUGGCCAGAAAAAGGCUUAUGGGGGCUAUGAAACUCUGGUCUUGAGAUAUAAACUUUGCUCUGACUGGAUUUUAUAAAAUUACAGUGAGGAGGGUAGUCUCUUGUCAGAACAACUUGUUUCCAAACAUUUAUGUAAUGUCAAGCUCAGUCUUUUUCUUUUUUUUGAGACGGAGUCUUGCUCUUGUUGCCCAGGCUGGAGUGCAAUGGCAUGAUCUCAACUCACCGCAACCUCCGCCUCCCGGUUUCAAGCUAUUCUCCUGCCUCAGCCUCCCGAGUAGCUGGGAUUACAGGCAUGCGCCACCACGCCCGGCUAAUUUUGUAUUUUCAGUAGAGACAGGGUUUCUCUAUGUUGGUCAGGCUGGUCUGGAACUCCCGGCCUCAGGUGAUCUGCCCGCCUCGGCCUCCCAAAAUGCUGAGAUUACAGGCGUGAGCCACCCCACGCACAGCCUAGACUCUAAUUUUAUAAAACUUUGUUGAAUUUUCUAAGUGUCAUUUAGGACAUAUUAUGCUUUUCUGUGGAGCUUAUAUCUUAUCCUCUUAUGUGCAACAAAAAGGGGGUCGGAGGUAAAUGCUGAUGAUGAUGUUUAGUUUUAUUUCCUUUUGAUCUGGCAUGAGUAAAUUGCUCUGUUUCCUUAAGCUUGGAUCUGUUACAGAAGGGCAUGUUAGAUGGACAUUCUCUGCCUUUAGCCAGUAGCUACCCGAGAGAGUGAGCUGGUUGGGCCUGACAAAGGGAAUAAGAACUAUCAGUGCCAUAAAGAACCAAAGAUUCUGGCUACUUUGUCUUCUUCCUUUCUCUCCCACUAUGCCUACACUUCCUCUGCCCAGACACUUUUGGAAAGUGUUCAACUGCUGGGUUUUCUUUUUCUUUUUUUUUGAGACGGAGUUUCGCUCUUGUUGCCCAGGCUAGAGUGCAGUGGCGUGAUCUCGGCUCACCGCAACCUCUACCUCCUGGGUUCAAGCGAUUCUCCUGCCUCAGCCUCCCGAGUAGCUGGGACUACAGGCAUGCGCCACAAUGCCCGGCUAAUUUUGUAUUGUUAGUAGAGAUGGGGUUUCUCCAUGUUGGUCGGGCUGGUCUUGAACUCCUGACCUCAGGUGAUCCGCCUGUCUCGAACUCCUAAAGUGCUGGGAUUAUAGGCGUGAGCCACUGCGCCCAGCCACCUGCUGGGUUUUCUUUGUAUGUCAACAUGGAGUUUUUCCCAAAGAAAGGGUAUAUGGAUGGAGAGAGAGAGGUUAUGAACAGGUUAUGUUACAGAGGUUAUUGCCUUUGAAACUGGGCCCUCAUUGUUCUAGACUUGCUUGCUUUGUUAUAAAUUAGAAGAAACCAGAGGGAGAUGUGCCAAGUAAACAUUUGAAUGACUGUUUAGAAUAUGGUUUUCUUAAUUAGCAGUCAUGGGGAAAACAUGCAUUUUUAAUUUGGAAAAAAACCUGACAGUUAACAUGGUUCUGUUUACCUUGAUUAGUGAAGUAAUUUGCUGCAGUGUUACAGAGGAGCAGAAUCAUUUGGGUCUCAAAAUAGACUGAAAACUUAACUCCCCAAACCAAAUUUAACCAACAGAAUUGGUUAUUAUACAUUUAUAGGCAAAAAUAUCAGUUUGGAAAUUAACCUUGGCUACUGGCCACCUUAGCUAGGUUUUCUCCACAGAUCUGUUUUCUCCACAGAUCUGAGUACUGAACACUUCCCAGAUGAUUGGAGGAUAUUCUGGGCUGUUGGGGAUGACAGGGAAAUGUGAGGGGGAGUAGCCUAGGUAAGGGUGAUGAUGAAAUUGUUCUAUCUGCUGUCAAAUAAUCUUUUCCUGUUUGCAGUGUUUUUAUUUUUUCUGAGUCUCUUUGGGAACCAGGUGCUAACAAGAAGCUGUUAUGUGUGGGAUUUCGGAGCCUUACUUUAACAAUAGAGGAACCAAAUAUCAUUUUAGAUGUCUUUUAUUUAUGUUGUUGGUGCAUAUGUUGACUUUAAUCCCUCUUCCCCCACACCUUGCCCAUUAAGGGGGAGGAGGUUAACUCUGCAGAUGAUAUUCAGUAUUCAGGCCCAACCAGCUCACUCUCUCGGGUAGCUACUGGCUAAAGGCAGAGAAUGUCCAUCUAACAUGCCCUUCUGACUAUACAGUCACCACUUUUUGGGGGGAAUUCUUUAGCAGAUCUUAUUGUUCUUUCUGCAGAAGCUAUCAUUCCUACCUCCCCAACCCCCAAAAUCUCUAGGCCAAGUCAUUUUUUAUGAUGGGUCUCUGAGAUAGUGCAGUUUGUUAGAGGAGAGGCUAGGGUAGAGAGGGAGAGAAUGGAGGUAUCCGAAAAUAAGUAAGAAAAAGGCAUUUAUUUUUAUUUACUUGGAACAGUCCUCUUGGCAUCCCAGAUAAGGGAAAUAGGAUUUGAUCUCCAAUUGUAUUGCCAUGGAGAGAAUGGCAGGAGGAUGCUUUGAAGUAGUUAGAAAUUAAAUAUUGAAUACAUUAAUGGCAAUACCAUUUCAUGACUUUGCAUAUCUUUCUGGAUUUGUCAUGGAAGUUGGGGAAAUAUUGCUUAGAUCUUCUGGGUUAGAGGAUUCCAACUGGCUUAUUGGCAAGGUUGGAUUAUUAAGAAUCAAAUAGCAGACAAAAAUGGCUGGGCACGGUGGCUCACGCCUGUAAUCCCAGCACUUUGGGAGGCUGAGGUGGGUAGAUCACUUGAGGUCAGGAGUUCGAGACCAGCCUGGCUGACAUGGCAAAACCCUGUCUCUACCAAACUACAAAAAUUAGUUGGGCAUGACGGCACACGCCUGUAGUUCCAGCUACUCUGGAGGCUGAAACAGGAGAAUUGCUUGAACCCAAAAGGUGGAGUUUACAGUGAGCUGAGAUUGUGCCACUGCACUUCAGCCUGGGCAAUAGAGCAAGACUCUGUCUCAAAAAAAAAAGAAAAAGAAAAAACAGACAAAUGGAUCAGAAUUGGUGCUUGAGCAAGAGAAACUUCGAGCUUAGGAUGGUUGUCUACUUUAAAAUAAAGCUGCUGGCCGGGCACAGUGGCUCACGCCUGUAAUCUCAGCAGUUUGGGAGGUCAAGGUGGGUGGAUCACGAGGUCAGGAGAUGGAGACCAUCCUGGCUAAGACGGUGAAACCCCAGCCCUACUAAAAAUACAAAAAAUUAGCCAGGCGUGGUGGCGGGUGCCUGUAGUCCCAGCUACUCGGGAGGCUGAGGCAGGAGAAUGGCGUGAACCCGGGAGGCAGAGCUUGCAGUGAGCUGAGAUCGCCCUACUGCAACAGAUCGCCCGGGCAACAGAGCGAGACUCGGUCUCAAAAAAAUAAAUAAAUAAAUAAAAUAAAAUAAAUAAAGCUGCUGGCCAGGCACGGUGGCUCACGCCUGUAAUCCCAGCACUUUGGGAGGCCGAGGCGGGAGGAUCACUUGAGGCCAGGCCAACGUGGUGAAACUUAGUCUCUACUAAAAAUACAAAAAUUAGCCGGGAGUAGUGGCGCGUCACCAUACUGGUGAGAAAAAAAAAGAAGAGAGAGAGGCCGGGCGCGGUGGCUCACAAAAAAAAAAAAAAAGAAAAAGAAAAAAAAAAGAAAUAUCAGUUUGAGAAAUGAUUAUUUUUUUCUUUUUUCUUUUUUUUUUUUGAGACAGUGUCUCUCUCUGUCGCCCAGGCUGGAGCGCAGCAGCAUGAUCUUGCAACCUCCGUCUCCUGGGUUCAAGCGAUUCUUCUGCCUGAGCCUCCCAAGUAGCUGGGAUUACAGGCAUGCGCUAAUUUUUCUAUUUUUAGUAGAGACGAGGUUUCACCAUAUUGGCCAGGCUGGUCUCGAACUCCUGACCUUGUGAUCCACCCUCCUCGGCCUCCCAAAGUGCUGGGAUUACAGGUGUGAGCCACUGUGCCCAGCUUCUUUUUUUUUUUUUUCUCACCAGUAUGAUGAUGACCAUUUUAAGAAAGCUUGUGUGGCUCUCUCCAAUCAUUACAGACCUCCAGAGCUGGAAAAUUUGAGGCAUUUACUGAACUCUUCCUGAUAGUUUAAUAUGGAGUGGGAAUCAGUUUUUGUCCUAAUUAGAGAAAGCUUCCUCUUCUCUACUCCUUGUGCACACCCAUCUCUGGAUAGCUAGAAAAGGAGCUUCAGAAUGGACUAUAUGUCAUGACCACCUGUAUGCACUCUAGGCUCUUAUCUGUCUCUAUUUUAUGUGGUGACUAUUUCCCCCUUCCGAGUAGUACUAGUAUUUCCUAUGCCAAUUUUUUUAAGUCUCUGAUGCUGCCCUUUUUAAAUUUUUAUUUUAGUUUUUAGCCUCUUUAGUAUUAGGGGGUGAGGUGACAUUCCUAGACUCUACAGUAGCAGUUUGGCAUGUUAGUGACAGGAAAUUGUGAUUCCCUGUCUCCCCCUCGUCCUACCUUUUCUGCUUUUGUGAUUUCAUUGUUCCUAUCUCAUUGAGGCUUUCCCAGGCACUCGAAUUUAGUUAGCAGGUCAUUUCUAAUCUCUGGGCCUUGUCUUUUCUCUCUCCAUUCCCCUCCUUCCCUACCACAUAUUUUUGUUUAUUCUGAGGUGGUUUGUUUCUGAAAGUUAAUCUAGGUCACCUUCUAUAUCCUGUGCUUUCUAGUUGGCUUUAGACAUCUUGUUCUAGCAACAAUGAUGGUAGCAGCUCUCUCCCUGGCCUUGCCCCAUGUGCUCUCCUUCUGUCAAGGCCAUUUGUGUGUGUACUUCGGCAGGUAUGUGUGUGGGGGGAUGCGCCCAGACUAUUCUCACAAUGUCCUCAGUUUCUCAGGUUGUCUGACAGCUUUAUGUACAGCAUAUUUUUAGAAAAACUUAAUAUACUUCUUUAUUUAGAAUAGGGUUUUAUUCUGAUGAGCAAGUUUGUGUGUAUAUGUGUGUAUGAGCAUUUGUAUGUAUAUAUACUUAUACAGAUCUAUAUUAUAUAUACAGUUUUUGUACUAUCAUUUAAAAUAAAAAUGUUUCUCAAUAAAAUGUCAAAGCCGACCA